UCAUUGCGAGCAUCAGCUGGCAGCCUUUAUGUCAAAUCGGUCUAAUUGGUGAUGUGUACUAGCAGUUUAAAUUGUUACUAAUUUUACAAAUUAUUCUCAAAUCUUCGAACAGUAGCAAAGUGCAUUUGUGAAAAGAACGAAAUGAACUAUAAUCCAAAUGCUGGGAUCCGGAAUCGUAAGUGGGAAAACUCUCAAGGUCCAUCCCGCAAGCCCCAACGUGUAAGUGAUGUAAACGCUGUUGGACCAUCAGCUCCAAUGACAGCUCCGCUGGCUUAUAUGCAGCCAACAGCUGGCCCCACAAUGCAAGACCCCGGUGCUGGAAUAGCAGUUGGUUAUGAUAUAGGGCAACAGCACCCAACUGCUGGCAUUGGAGGCUUCAACAACAGCUCAGCACCAAUGCAAAACCAAAACUACAGCUAUGCUGCACCCCCAAUUUCUCAACCUACAGCGUUUGCUGCUGGCCCCAGUGUUCAGCCACAGUAUGGUGGAAGUGUACCCGUAGGUGGUGUAGGUGGUCCUGGAGGUAUACCUGCACCGGAUGCGCAAGCGCAAUUCCAAACUGGUGUGCCACAAUUUGCAAUGUUCCAGCAGCCAAUUGUACAAGAUAUGGCCAUGCAAUAUGGACAGCGUUUGGCCGAUCAAGGCAAACAAAUGGUGGAGAAUCAGUUCGAGAAGUGGGUGCCAGUAGCGAAAUUGAAAUAUUAUUUUGCUGUGGACAAUAAAUAUGUAAUCAACAAAUUGCGCUUACUACUCUUCCCGUUUACGCAUAGAGACUGGUCGCUGAAGUAUGAUCAAGAAAACCCUGUGCAGCCGCGUUAUGACAUCAAUGCUCCAGAUCUAUAUAUCCCAUCCAUGGCCUACAUAACGUAUGUUGUUGUUGCCGGUCUUAUGCUGGGCAUGCAAAAUCGUUUCUCACCCGAACAACUUGGUAUACAAGCAUCGAGCGCAUUAGCAUACUGCAUUUUUGAGUUGGUUGUGUAUUCGAUCACCCUCUAUGUGGUGAAUAUAAAAACGAGCUUAAAAACGUUGGAUUUGCUGUCAUUUGCUGGAUAUAAGUUCGUUAUAAUAGUAACAUGUUUGUUGGUUAGUACGCUUUUCCACGGCUUUGGCUACUACAUGGCACUUCUUUACACGAGUCUUACGUUGGGCUUCUUUUUGCUGCGUACCUUAAAGACUAAAGUGUUGCACGAUGCGGCACCAACUUCCAGCAGCGGCGCUAUAAAUUAUGACCCCUACGGCAAUCCGCAGCAACUUGAUUAUACCGGAGGACGAAAACGAAAAUUAUACUUUUUGUUUCUUAUUGUCGGCGGCCAAGCUUUCUUAUCAUUUCUGUUAUCGAAACACUUGUAUUUCCCGGAUGCUGCAACUUUAGAAAUUAGAAAUACACAAUUUUAAUACCUAACUGUGUUUAUUUCCUUAUAAGUGACCCCUUUAAGGCGGCGUAUGCGAACUUAUUCCGGAAAGUUUUUGUUUCUUUUUCUUGUUUUUGUCGUAAGAAACUAAAUUAAUUGUUUUGCAUAAAGUUUUAAUAUGGCAUUUAUAUGUGCAACGAACAAAAUCAAUUAUUGUGUUAGCAAAAGUAAUCCUUAAAGGUGCAUAAAAUUAUAAUCCGCAUAUUAAUUAAAUAUUUAAAAGGGGAGGUGUAGAAAAAAUCAUUAUUUGAAGUUUUAUAAAGCCGAGAAAAAACAUCGAGAUUAAGAUGCUAUGGCGCGGAGGAAAUAGAUACUACUAAUUAGAAAGCUUUGUCAUGCGAAUAUACCUAUAAAUACUAAAACCAAUUCCAUAAUCUAAGCAUAUUUUUGUUAGCGAAAAGCUUAAAUAAAAUUGGAAGAUAUCACGUUUUUAAAAACA